AUGUCGCGUAACGUCGUGGACCAGGACUUCGGCUCUGAAGAGGAGGAUGAUGACUUCAACCCUGUGGCUGCCAACGAUUCCGACGAUGAGGGUGGAUCCAAGCCGACGUAUCAGAACCACCACGAUGACGACGACGAAGAUGACGUGAAAGCUGGACGGCCGAAUCGCGGCGAGGACAACUCGCGAGCAAGACACCAGGUUGAGGAUGACGACGACGAGGAAGAAGAAGGCGAAAACCAGGAGGGCGAGGAUGAUGACGGGGAUGAGGAAGAGGAAGAAGAUGAAGAGGAUGAGGACGAUGAGGAUGCCGUAUCCGGUCGUCCACGGAAGCGAAGAAGACAACGAGCUGUUCACACCUUCAUUGAUUAUGAGGCUGGUGUCGACGAGGACGAAGAUGAGGCUGAAGACGAGGAGGAUGAGAUGGCCGAAUUCGGUGGCGAGAUGCAUCCUGACGAUAUGGACGCCCUACCAGUCGGCGCUGAGACUGAUGAUCGCCGCCAUCGCCAACUCGAUCGCCAACGUGAACUCGAGGCUAGCAUGGAUGCCGAAAAGCAGGCGCAGAUGCUCAAGGAACGUUAUGGUCGGAAGAACGCUGCCGCCUCCGAUUCAGUCGUCGUUCCUAAACGAUUGCUCCUUCCGAGUGUUGAGGACCCAAGCAUCUGGGGUGUCCGAUGCAAACCGGGCAAGGAACGUGAAGUUGUGUUUGCACUUCAGAAGCGGAUCGAAGAGCGACCUCCGGGAUCCCGUAAUCCGAUUAAGAUCAUGUCGGCCUUUGAGCGCGGGGGUGCCAUGAGCGGAUACCUUUAUGUGGAGGCUCGCCGACAAGCCGACGUCAUGGAUGCUCUGCAGGAUAUGAGCAACGUCUACCCGCGGUCCAAGGUCAUCCUAGUUCCGGUGCGGGAGAUGCCAGAUCUAUUGCGAGUUCAGAAGUCAGAAGAGCUCACCCCUGGAGGAUGGGUUCGGAUCAAGCGCGGCAAGUACCAGAAUGAUUUGGCCCAGAUCGAGGAAGUUGAAACGAACGGUCUUGCCGUAACUGUGCGCCUGGUUCCGCGACUUGACUAUGGAAUGAACGAAGAUACCGGUGCACCGAUGGUUGAUCCCAAGCGGAAGCGUCCCGGCGCGAAUCCCGCUGUUGCUCGCCCUCCCCAACGUCUGUUCAGCGAAGCCGAAGCCAAGAAAAAGCAUGGGAAAUAUCUCUCUGCGACGUCUGGUCUUGGUGGUAAAUCGUGGAACUACCUUGGCGAGACCUACGUCGAUGGGUUCAUGAUCAAGGACAUGAAGGUGCAGCAUUUGAUUACGAAGAAUGUCAACCCUCGACUAGAGGAAGUGACUAUGUUUGCCCGAGGCUCGGAAGACGGAACCGCCAACUUAGAUCUUGCAUCUCUGGCUGAGACACUCAAGAACUCGACUGCCGAAGAUUCAUACCUCCCCGGAGACCCGGUCGAGGUGUUCCGAGGUGAGCAACAAGGCUUGGUUGGUCGCACGAUUUCUACCCGAGGAGAAAUUGUCACUUUGCAGGUCACAGAUGGUGUUCUGAGGGGUCAAAGCAUUGAUGCACCCGUAAAAUCUCUUCGAAAGCGCUUCAGAGAGGGUGAUCAUGUCAAAGUCAUUGGCGGCAGCAGGUAUCAAGACGAACUGGGCAUGGUGGUGCAGGUCAAGGACGAUACCGUGACAUUGCUCAGCGACAUGAGUAUGCAAGAGAUCACCGUGUUCAGUAAGGAUCUCCGGCUGUCGGCUGAAACGGGCGUCGAUGGAAAGCUGGGCAUGUUCGAUGUCCAUGAUCUCGUCCAACUAGACGCUGCUACCGUUGGUUGUAUCGUCAAGGUUGAUCGGGAAUCGUUACGGGUUCUGGAUCAGAACGGCUCUCUUCGUACAAUCCUCCCCACCCAAGUUACCAACAAGAUCACCCCCCGUCGAGACGCCGUUGCUACCGACCGUAAUGGCGCGGAAAUCCGCCAUGGAGAUACGGUCCGUGAGCUUUACGGAGAACAGAGAAACGGCGUGAUUCUUCAUAUUCAUCGCUCGUUCCUGUUCCUACAUAACAAGGCUCAGGCCGAGAAUUCUGGCAUUGUCGUGGUGCGCACGACGAAUGUUGUUACCGUGUCUGCCAAGGGAGGCCGAUCCUCGGGACCCGAUCUUUCGAAGAUGAAUCCGGCCCUAAUGGGCAAAGGUAUGCCCGGUGGCGGUGGCAUGGGACCCCCCAAGAGCUUUGGGCGAGACCGGAUGAUUGGAAAGACGGUCAUGGUCCGCAAGGGCCCCUUCAAGGGUCUCGUGGGUAUCGUCAAGGAUGCCACGGAUCUUCAAGCGCGUGUGGAACUCCACUCCAAGAACAAGCUGGUGUCUAUUCCGAAGGAAAUCCUAGUCGUCAAAGACCCAGUCACCGGCCAGACAGUGGAGAUGGGGCGCGGCAGGGGAGGAGGCCGCGUUCCAUCAGCAGCUCCGCCAUCUAGCUGGCAUGGUGGUCGUACACCGAUGGGUGCUAUGGAUUCAUCCAGAACGCCUGCCUGGGGAGGUGCAUCCUCAGCUCGCACCCCGGCUUGGUCUGGUAUGGGUGGAUCUCGCACGCCCGCAUGGAAAAACGACGGAUCGCGCACCUCCAACCCUUACGACGGUAGUCGCACGGCCUAUGGCGGAGGAGGCCUCGGAUCUCGCACGCCUGCCUGGAAUGCCGGUGCUCGAACACCGUACGGGGACUCGGGAUCUGGAUCCAGCGGAUUCGAUGCCUUUGCCGCAGGAUCUAGGACUCCGGCCUGGGGCGCACAGAACGCCGGCAAUCGCACGCCAGCCUGGUCCGCCGGGGCCACGGCCAGCAACGGUAACAGGGGCUACGAUGCCCCCACCCCCGGUGGAAUGUAUUCCGCCCCGACUCCGGGAGCCUACGGUUCCGCUCCGACCCCUGGCGCUUCAGCCCCUACGCCUGGAGCCUGGGCAGACAGCGCACCGACGCCGGGAGCCUUCAACGCUCCCACGCCUGGCGGCCCGUCCAAGCGAGGCGCAUAUGACGCACCCACGCCAGCCGCAUUCGACGCACCCACACCGGCCAUGGGCGGGGUCUCCACGCCCGGGGCAGGCGCAUACGGAGAUGCUGAUGACGGGGGACCGCGCUACGACGAUGCAACUCCUAGUCCUUGA